AUGUCUCCAUCUGCAUUUCCAGUUCCCAAGGAACCAUCCGAACUUGUACCCCUUCUCACGGAAUCCCACCAUUCCGGGAUCCCCAUUCGGCUAGCAAGUGCAGCGGAAAAUGCGAAAUCCCAUUACAAAAGCAACAGCACAGUUUCGGGGAUCACACCUCGCGAUGAAGACCUCCCCACCUUACCGCCAGGCAUCGAAAGAGCCCAGUUCAACGUAGCAAUUACGGACCUCGAGUCCCUCGUCGGCUCAGAAAAUGUCGAGUUAAACACCCAACCCCUAAACGAUGGAUGGUAUAUGGAACAUCCAAACACCCACGACGCAUUUCAUCUCCUCGAUCCGACCAACACGGUCAGUUCCGCUGCAGUAUAUCCCAGCUCGACUGAAGAGGUCUCCGCCGUGGUCAAAUGGGCCAAUCACCACGAGAUCCCGCUGUGGCCGAUCUCCAUCGGACGGAAUCUGGGCUAUGGGGGAGCAGCCCCGCGCGUGCGCGGAAGCGUCGUUGUUGAUCUCGGCAGACGUAUGAAUGAAGUGUUGAAGAUUGACUCUGUGCAGCUAUGUUGUUUGGUCGAGCCGGGGGUGUCGUACUUUAAACUGUACGAGGAGGUGCAGAAAUCGGGAUAUCCGUUGUGGAUUGAUACCCCUGAUAUCGGGGGUGGUUCGGUCCUGGGGAAUGCGGUGGAUCGGGGGAUGGGGUAUACGCCUAUGGCGGAUCACUUUGCAAAUCAUUGCGGACUAGAGGUAGUUCUUCCCAACGGCAAUGUCCUUCGAACCGGCAUGGGCGCUCUACCCGGCCCAAAUGGCCAGGAUAAUCCGACCUGGCAGGCCUUCCAGUAUGGAUAUGGGCCAUACAUUGACGGUAUCUUCACGCAAUCAAAUUUCGGCAUCGUGACCAAGAUGGGCAUGUGGUUGAUGCCGGAGACGGAUCACCUCACCUUCGUGGUUGCAUUUCCGGAAGAAGAGGACCUCCCAGAAAUAAUUGAGACCGUGCGGCAGUUGAUGGCAAAAGAAAUCAUUCAAGGCUCUCCUCAGCUCCGACAUGUCAUCCAGGAGCUCACUGCCACAGGGAUUAAUCGAGACGAACUGUAUCCCGGUGAUGGACAAGUGCCAUCUGAUGUCAUUCGCCUCCAUGCGUCGACACUGCCCUGUGGUGACUGCUCGUGGGUUUUGUACGCAACAUUAUACGGAACGCCCUCACAGAUCCAAUCCGAUUUAACCACAGCCAAAAGCGCCUUCGCUCAAUGUCCAGGAUCCCGCGUCCUCCUGCCAUGCGACCUCCCUAAAUCUCACUAUAUACACUCAUGCGCCAAUGUAUCCUCUGGCGUUCCUGAGAUUCGCGGCCUAGAAUGCCUGAAUUGGAAGCAUAACGGCGCCCAUCUCUUCUUCUCGCCAAUCUGUCCGCCCAAAGGGGACGAUAUCCGCACGAUAUACGGCAUCGUCUCUCGCAUCCACCGAGACCAUGGGUUGGAUAUAUUCCCUACGUUCUGUGUCGCUUUGCGUGAGAUCCAUCUGAUUAUUAAUAUUAUUUACGACCGAGCAAGUCUGAGUGAGAAGCAGAGGGCGGAGACUGUGAUGACCAGGAUGAUUGAUGAGUGUGCAGCGGCGGGGUAUGGGGAUUAUCGGACGCAUAUUCUGUUUGCGGAUCAAGUGGCUGGGGCUUACUCAUGGAAUAAUCAUGUCUUGUUGAAGUUUCAUGAGAACAUGAAGGAUAUGCUGGACGAGAAGGGGAUUUUGGCGCCGGGGCGGAACGGGAUUUGGCCACGGAAGUAUCGAGAGGGGCUUAUUGCGAAUGGGUUUAGGUCGUAA